GAAGCAGAAUAAUAACCAGAUCUUUCAUAUUUUAUGGAUUCCAUUAUUAUAUUAGAAUAAUAGCAACGAUUAAAAGGAUGGGUAGAGAAUUUUUAAUGGAAAAGAAAGCGGUGGAGGGCGGUGGGCUCCAGAACGAAUUGCGAGGCACUGAAAGCGGUAUAUAAAUGUCUGAUCAGUACAAGAAGAGGGAAAAACAUUGGGCGCUAGUGUUUGGAUCCAGGAGACAAGAAAAUCUAUGAAUGAUGGCUCAAAGGAUGCCUUGUAUGUUCAAGGAAGACCCAAGGAAAAAGUAGAAAAAUGAGGUUCUUAAGGGAGAUAAGAAGAAGGAUAGAUCCAAAUCAAAAGGAUGGUAAAAAACCUAAGGGAAGAGCAAAGUGUUGGAAUUUUGGAAAAAAAGGGUUGCUCCUACCAUAUGACUCCUCACAAGGAGCGGUUCUCAACUCAUACAACUUAUGAUGAAGGAAAGGUUUUCCUUGGAGACAACCUUAAGUGGGCUGUGGGAAAGGGAAAGAUAAUCCAAUUGCAAUCAACAUAAUGCUGUUACUGCCUUGGAGGAUUUUUCGAAUCAGAUUCUGCCUUGGUGCCUUCUGAUGGGAUAGUGGCAGCUUUUGGUAAGCAUGCCCAUAUUUCCCACGUUGUGGGCAUCAUUACGAAUUUACAAGUCUGGAGGGUAAAAGUUGUCAUGUGGGCCUACGCCAGGGCUCUGGCUUUCCAGAUUUCCAGUGUUCUGGAUGCUGUUCUGAGUUAGGUGGUCGCCUUACAAUUGAACUAGGAGAUGAUGCAUUAGAUGUGAGGAGUAAAAUUGGAAUUGAACUUGGAGCUGAUGUAUUAGAUCUAGGGAAUAAUUCCUGUAAUACAGGAGACAUCCUGUUACAUGUGGAUCUUUUGUUGGAUCCAUCUGAGAAUCUAGGUGAUCUUAGAGAAACUCCGAAAGCUGUAACUACAGAUCAGAUGGAAGGAGGGCUAUGCAGCGCAUGUGUGGUGUCACCUCAUGGGAAUUUCAGUGUCAAUCCAUUUGACAUGCCUCUAGAUCAUGUGAGUGCUAAAGGACACAUUUCGAGUUCUACGAGAGGACCAAUGUGUUAUGUGUCAGGCCAUGAUAUGCUAGAUCCAUUAUUGAGUUUAUCUUCAUGCACUGACAGUUUUGAGUAUGGGGAAAAGAGAACAGAAAGUGGAAUGACUCAGUCUAGUGGCUCAAUUGAGAAAGCUGUUCAGCAAGAUGAAUAUUUUAUUUCUGAUGCUCCACUUCCUGGAAAAUCAUGUUCAAAUUCAGCAAUUAUAAAUAAGAGAUCUAGAGAAUUAGUUUUACAGCAGAAUAAUUAUGUCUAUAAACGUAAAAAGCUGAGACAUUCGCUAACUCUUCUUUCAGGACGUGCUCAUGCAGCAUUUACAAAAGAGACUGCUCAGAGCAUUCCAUCUAAUUCCAACCAACCCACACAAGAAGGCAAAAUAGAAAUCUUAUUAGAUACAGAAGUUAAUCCCAGGGCACAUCGUAAAAUUUCUACUGCUGGGCCUGAGAGUUUGCAUCCUGAUGAAAAUUUGGUUAUCUCAGAAUCUGAUGUUAAUGAUAAGUUAGAUGCUAAAAAGCCAGUUUCUGAAUAUCAAAUUAGCAAUUUAGAGAAAGCUGUAAACAUGUUAGAGAAAGAAGAAAUUUGUAUGCAGCACAAUAAAACUGAUAUUUCUACCAUGGAGAUAUCAAAUCAUCUUUUGCAGCCAGGAAAGACGACAUUAAAUAGUGGCUCUACUCAGGUUUUAAAUGAAAAUUGUAACGGCAAUCGAUCUAGAGAUAUCUUGCCUCAUGAAGAAACCGAUUCCAUGUCCCAGUCAGAGUCUUCAUCAUUCCUUUAUGAUUUUGAAAGAAAGGUUGGAAGGCAAGAGUCUUGUGCAGAAGCUACUUGUAACAGCAGGUCUGAUAGUGGGAGUUUUACAACAUUAUCCUACCCAAUUAUGAAUAACCACCAAGAUAAACUUUCUGAGGCUGGUGAAUUUGGAUACUGUAUUCCUGAUGCUGCAAAAGUAGCUGAAGGAAGGGACCUUGAAAGAGAAUGGUGCAUAUCUAUACUGAAUGAAUCUAAAUUACGCUCUGUUUCUCCUGGUAAAUUUGCAGCUACAGAGCAUCCUGGUGUUGUAGGGGAUGGAAGAUGGAAUAAAAGAUGUAAAGUAUGUUACACUUUAGAGAAUUCAACGUCAACGCUCAUUUGUGAUAUGUGUGAGGAAUCUUUUCACAUGGCUUGUUGCAAUCCAAAGGUAGUGUCAAUACCAGUCAAAGAUAACUGGUACUGUCCAGCAUGUAGAAAAAAAAGAAAGAGGUCAGUUGUAAGAGAAAAAAGUGGUCUCUCUUGGGAUGAAAAUAGAGAAAAUGGGCAUGUGCUGGAGUUCCGAUCAUGUGACACGGUUAAAUCUGGUUGUGGAAAAUUCGUCAAAGAGAAAAAUGGUCGCUUUUGGUGCAUGUUUCAGGAUAACGAGGCUUAUACAACCCAAGUUCGUAUUGGGAAGGAUUAUCAGGCAGAUGUGCCAGUAUGGACUGGAAAGGUUAUGGACUCUGCAGAAUCUCCGUUUAUGGGAGAACUUGUUUCUUCAGCAGAGAAUUUUCUUGAACUGGAGCUUACAGAACACAACCUCAAAAACGAUAUGUGGCCAAAAGAUUGGAAACCUCCAAAAUUUCCAACUCCUGGUUCUAACGAAAACUGGCUUCAGUGCCAGAAUGUUCUUUUUAGAGAAGGGGAUGUUUUCCCAGAUGGGCGGAAGGCAAAAAAAGACAUUAUUUGUGGUAAAUGGCGAAGAGCUCCUGGUACUGAAGUUCAAAGUGAUGAAUGGGAUUGUUCUUGUGCUGUAGUUUGGGAUCCUCUUCAUGCAGAUUGUGCUGUGCCCCAGGAAUUGGAAACAGAAGAUAUUAUAGAGCGCUUGAAAGCUAGUAAAAUGGCAUGCGAACUCCAUGUUGAUUUAAGUGCUUGGGAGAAUGACAAACACCGAGAGAAUUAGAGGGAAAGUGCUUGAACAGUCUCAUUGACUAGCGUAAUGGAGUUGAGGCUGCCUCCUGGUUAAAUUAACGGCAUGUCAGAAAGUCAGAAAGGAGGAUGUUCAGUGGCAUGCAUUUGAUGUCCAUAUUGCUUUUCUCUACACUCGUGCUAAUCUGUGUUAAGAGUAGCACACCCUGAGGUUGGCUGCAUGCAAGUCUUUGGAUGGUGGGCAUUAGGCAACAGGGCAUAUUGCAGUUUCCAUAAGGGUAUCCUUUUUGUCAGAUCUAGUCGUGUGUAUAUUACAUGGUAAAUUUUGCUGCUUUAUGAAGUGCAGAUUACUAAGAUUCAAUACAGGCCACAUACAAGGGAUAUGAGAGAGAUUGUUCAUGUAUUUGUCGAAUUGCCAUACAGGUUUUCAUGUAUUUCUGUGGCAUAGUAACUAGGAAAUAUCUCCAUAUAUUGGAAUCAACAACAUUUCAAAGGCUUGAAGCAUGUCGAGAAAUGGAGUUAGCUGCAUUUACACAAAAAUAAAGAGAUGUUUAAUGUAAAUCUAGUCAAGAAGAAUUUAUGGCCUCAAAAGGAUCCUUUUGUACUAGUAUCAUCAUAUUCUUUUUCGCUAACUAUUCAUUGAAAUUAUUGGUUAUGGGCGGACAAAGGGCACUUAUUGAUGCCUAACCAAAUUCCUGUUGACAAUAAGAUGGCAACUAGGAAAAAUGUAAGCAAUGAAAAUAUCACACUAAUGGUUGAUUGAGGUUUGACUUUA